UCACCACUGAGUGACGGUGUCGUCUGGUGCCGUGCGGGUCGCCAGAGUCUUCGAGCAGCUGGUCAGUUGUGUGCUGACAGGGCUCGACUCGCAGCACCUUCAUCUUUAGCAGGAGGACGAUGUCCUGUGCAGCAUCUCUCCCAGGUUACAGUCGUCAGCGUCUGGAGAUGGACUAGUCCACACGAGUGAAUACGUUUUCUCUCUGAAAACAAGGUGCGGCGCCACUGAUCCGUCACUAUGAAUGAAAAAGGCACAACAGCCCAGCAUUUAUACGCGGACGAACAACCAAAAGCAAAAACAGUGCCUUAAAGACGCCACCCCAAAGCAGAAAGGUCUCCAGACACUUAAAACCACGUACCAGGAUACGUGGCCCAACGGAUUCUGGUCCAGAAGAGGCCAAUGAGGACACAAAGCCAAAGCGAACGUGUGUCUCAAAGGUUCAGAAAACAGGUCCUGCUGCAAAAAAGCCUCUCCUGAUCUGCAGGGUGAUUGCUGAGUACCCAAAGACUUUUCUAGCUGUGAAUCUGGGCAUCCAUCUCGCCUUCGUUAUCCUCUCCAUCGUACUCGUACUGAGCGGUUACAAUCUCUUUCCACUCAACUUCAAAAGCCUGCCAAUGGAACUGAGAGAUGAGCCGUGGCUUAAAAGAUACUUAGCUUUUUCUUUUCGUGAGAAUUACGAAAACAGGGUAACAGCAGCCGAUUACGGGGACCCAAAGUUGCCUCGAUUCGCAUCCAUUCGGGGAUUCACCUUGAUCUAUUAUGCCGAAGGGAAAAAUAUCUUCACGAAAGAAAACCUCCGUAUCAUCAAAACUAUCGAAGAUCGUUUGUACAAUUUACCAGCGUUUACGAACAAGUAUUGCCAGCUGAAACAAGACCUAGUCUGCGUCAAGCCCUACUCCAUCCUCCGCUUUUUUGACGGCACCUUCGCCCCAAUCAGCCCCAUCUUUUACGACCCCGAGUUUGACAAUGUCACUGCAGUCAUAUACGCGGCUUUCACCACAGAAAAGACAAGAAAACUUCUUCUCGAGGGUCUGGCCAAGGACAACAUCAUCACUUCAAACCUCGUGAAGUCAGAAGUAACUAAAUCUUAUCUUCCCUUAGGGUGGCCAAGUGACGGUGAGAGGAACAUUGACAAAGAUGUGGAAUUGCAGGUGGAGUUCAUGCACACCGCUUUGAAGCCGAUCGUUGAGGAGUACCAGCAUUCGGUGCGAGAGUUCGAGGUCUUAUACUAUAGCGGAUCGUUGGAGAUACACGAAGUUUUCAAACAAGCUAUGAAAGACAUGAUGUUGGCCAUAGCCAGCCUCUGUUUCAUCUUCUUCUACCUUCUUUUUCACACCCGUACACUCUGGGUCACGACCCUGGGCGUCUUCAGCAUCAUGUGCAGCUUUGUUGAAGCCAACCUCAUCUACCGCAUCGUCCUCGACUUCCGUUACUUCGGAUUAUUUCACGUCAUCGCCUUGUUCAUCAUCCUCGGCAUUGGCGUCGACGACUUCUUUGUGUUCUGGGAUUCGUGGGUUGACUCUGGUCACUACAAAUUUCCCAGCCUGGCUCACCGCCUCAGCGAAGCGUACCGGAAAUCAGCCCAGUCUAUGUUUGUGACGUCGUUCUCCACCAUGAUAGCCUUUGCCGCCAACUCCACGUCCCCGCUGUUAGCCACCUACUCCUUCGGUAUCUUCGCCACCAUCUUGAUCAUCAUCGAUUAUCUCUCUGUCAUCACCUUUUUCGUCGCCAUAGUAGUUGUUUAUCACGUUUCUUUCGAAGGUAAAUCAUAUGCUUUUUGGCGAAGUCACGACGGUCCUCCAGAAGUGCAGAUGGCAGUUCAGGAUGACUCUCUAGAUCGAGACGCAUGCAAACCGCAUGCAGAGUCUUCCGUCAACCCUUGCAAACUAAGCAAACCCUUACCUUGCAAGUCGCGCAGCGAGUCGAUUCUUGUCCAGGACAAGAAACGACUGCGAAGGAGCCAGUCGAUGCCGAAGAUGGCCACUGAGCCGGAAAUGCAGGGACUUGGUGUAGGCGACUGGAAAGGUUCUUUCGACAGCCCAAACAAGGGAGGGGAGAGACCUCCCAGGGAUAUCGCUUGGACGCUAACUGCGCAAGAGGAGGUCGAGGAGUCUCACCCAAAUGAGGUCACCAGGACACAAAGCUCGCGCCGUCUGGUGGUAUUCUUCAGUAAGCAAUAUUUUGGGUUCGUGACGCACCCAAUCUUCCGCUGGGUACUGGUGGCAUUUUUCCUGAUCAUCAUCUUCUGUUUGUCUAUCUCGGCUGGGCGGCUGGAUCUGGAUAGCAAGCAGAUCCAGUUCUUUAGAAACAACAACAACUACGCCAAGGCGUCCCGUCUGCUGUUCUUUGGCUUCGCACCAAGUGACUCUGACGACAGGCUGAGCAUCAUUCUUCUCUGGGGCGUAAAGGAACGCGACAUGUCCUCCUGUCAUUUCUCGGAGGAAGGCUGUCUUGGCACGGGAGGAUAUGACAAUAACUUUGAUGCCAGCACGCCUGCGUCACAGAAAGCUUUCGCUGACCUGUGCAAAACUUUGAUGGAACUGCCGAAGCAAGCGGUGGACAAAAUGGCGAUCUUGAGGAACUUCACGUCAAACGAGCUUCAAAUCCACUGCUUUGCUACAGAAAUGGAGAAAUUCCUUCGGAAAGACAGCACUACUUCCAAUCUGGAUGUCAGCCUGCCCUGGGACUGGAACAAAACGCGUGAUUUUAUGGCACAACACAACAAUUUGUACAAUGUCUCUGCCUUUGACGAGAAUUUCACCAAUUUCCUGGAUAUUCCUUUAACAUAUUGGCUGUGGAAUGGUUUCACUGGAAAUAACACUGACGCCCUAUUGAAAUACGGCAGCUUCAUCGGUGAAGAAUAUACCACUUCUUCAAGAAAAGUACUUGGAAUAAAUCAAACCAUUUAUGUGGGCAACAGAAUCAAGUUCGUGGGUGUAAGUGUUAGAACUACACUCGUCUUCGAGACGAUAGGCUACACCAAGCACCUUUCUGUGCUGGAGGAAUGGGAGCGCUUCAUGCAAGAGCAGCUGUCGAAGAUGCCACCUGAGCUGCAAACCGGGUUUCAGCUGUCCUUCGCAUGGCACUGGUUGAAAGUUCAAAAGGCGCUGGUGGAUAACGCUAUCUUUGGAAUUCUUUUGGGAGUUCUCUUGGCACUUCCGGUUCUGGUCUUGUCUACCUGUAAUAUAAUCAACGGCGUCCUUGCCACACUCAUCAUCGCUGCCAUCACUGCUUGUGUCAUCGGCGUCAUCCCUCUAAUGGGCUGGUCCAUGGGGGUGAUGGUGUCCUUAAACAUGUGUCUCGUGGUGGGGCUCUCAGUGGACUACGUCGUACACCUGGCGGAAGGAUAUUGCAUGUCACCUGAACACGACCGUCUUGGUCGUCUGCAAGAUGCCCUGCGGUCUAUGGGCUUGCCAAUCUUCUCUGGAGCCUGUACUACACUCGGAGCCUCCUUCUUCACAUUCUUCGCGCAGAUACAAUUUUUCUUUCAGUUUGGAGUCUUCAUGUUCUGCACCAUUGGAUUUUCGCUGCUGUUUUCCAUGGGAUUGUUCACUACACUCAUGGGCAUCGUUGGACCGGAGGGGGACACUGCAGAUAUCAGGGCACUAGCCAGACGUCUGUUUUGUUUGAAACCUACUAGCCCCAAAAAAACUGUCCAGCAAAAAAGGAUGAUGAAGGGCACUUGAAAUCCGGGCCAACUGGACAAGAGAUUUAUUCAUCUUGAUGAAUAGUCUCUUAAUUUCUCAUAAACCAAUAUCACUCCUACCUUAAAUUAAGUCCUUAGUGGCAUUUAAUCAUGAAGUUUUUACUGUAUCUAGUAAGCAUAUUAAAAAAGUUUGCAGACUGUAAUAUUCCGGAGAUGAUCACUAAAGUUUGCUGUGCUGAUACAUCAGAAGACUACUGCAGAAAUCUACAUAAUUGAUAAUAAUUAGUAUUAAGAUCACAUCAUCGUGAAAAUUUAGAUAUACUUUAUCAUCGGUAUUUCUGUAAUUAAUCUUCCUCUGAAAAUAUUUUGAAAACUUUAAGGAUCUAUAUAUAUAUAGAUAUAUAUUCUGCUUUUUAAAUAUUGUAGAGCAGUGAAACUCUUUUGUGGAUCUGUCUUCGAAGGACUAUGUGGGUAGCACUGGUGGGGUUUAUUUCAGAUUGUGUGAACCAAUAUCUUUCACUGAGCUCUGCACACCAAACUAAAAAAAAUCGCUUAAAUCCUUAAUAGCGGCUAAGAAAUGUUUUUAAUGUCAUACUUUUUAGUCACGAGGAAGCAAUGUCGAUUAAAAAGAUCUGUUAAUA